GGCGGGCGGCUGGCAGUGCCGCUGAGCCAGCGGCGGUCGCGGUGCCUGCGGGAGCAGCCGGGCAGCGCCAGCAGCGCGACACUCCCUCGGCGCCUGCCGCACUCCGCCUGCCUCAGGUGAAGCACGGGGGCUCCCUUCCCCUUCCUUCCCCUUCCCUCCGCCUUCCCCUUCCCUCCCGGUGCCCCCUUUGUCCGCCCGGGCACCCCGCAUGCCCCUUCCCCAUCCCCGCCGCCCUUCCUCCGGUCGCCUUUUUCCCUUCCCCCCCCCUCUUUCCCUCCCUCCCUCCCUCCAUUUUCCCCCUCUCGGUGAGGUAACGGGCAGGGGACAUGGGGCCGCCGGGCAGCUGUCAGGGCUGACAGGCUUCCGCCCCAGCCCUCCUCUUCCUCUGCGCGGGGCAGGAGGGAGUAACAGGGCAAGACGAAGCUUGCAGCAGAAGGGCUCGCAGGCAGCUCGUGUUCCUGGGCACAGCCUCCGACAGGCCCCGGGAGCGGUCCCUUGCCUCGUCCCGGAGGCCCUACGAGACCUGGCUGCAAGGUCCCCAAUUCUAAAACACAAUGGCACAAAGAGAUGCAGAUAAGUACCUUUACGUGGACAAAAACAUCAUUAAUAACCCCCUGACUCAGGCUGACUGGGCAGCUAAGAAGCUGGUAUGGGUUCCCUCAGAAAAGAAUGGGUUUGAGGCAGCUAGCCUGAAGGAAGAAGUAGGAGAUGAGGCCAUCGUGGAGUUGGCAGAGAAUGGGAAGAAAGUGAAGGUGAAUAAGGAUGACAUCCAGAAGAUGAACCCUCCCAAAUUCUCUAAAGUGGAAGAUAUGGCAGAGCUGACGUGCCUGAAUGAGGCUUCUGUGCUUCACAACUUGAAGGAGAGAUACUACUCUGGACUGAUCUAUACAUACUCAGGCCUGUUCUGCGUGGUAAUCAAUCCUUACAAGAACCUGCCCAUAUACUCAGAAGAAAUAGUGGAGAUGUACAAAGGCAAAAAGAGACAUGAGAUGCCCCCUCAUAUCUAUGCCAUCACAGACACAGCCUACAGGAGUAUGAUGCAAGACCGAGAGGAUCAGUCCAUCCUUUGCACAGGUGAAUCAGGAGCUGGUAAGACAGAGAACACCAAGAAGGUCAUUCAGUACCUGGCUCAUGUUGCUUCCUCACACAAGUCUAAAAAAGACCAGGGAGAACUAGAAAGACAGUUACUCCAGGCUAAUCCCAUCUUGGAGGCCUUUGGAAAUGCCAAGACAGUAAAGAAUGACAACUCGUCCAGAUUUGGCAAGUUCAUCAGAAUCAACUUUGAUGUCAACGGCUACAUUGUUGGAGCCAAUAUUGAGACCUAUCUCCUGGAGAAGUCACGUGCAAUCCGUCAAGCCAAGGAGGAGAGAACCUUCCACAUCUUUUACUACCUGCUGUCUGGGGCAGGGGAACAUCUGAAGACUGAUCUGCUCCUGGAGCCUUACAACAAAUAUCGCUUCCUGUCCAAUGGGCACGUUACAAUCCCGGGUCAGCAAGACAAAGAUAUGUUUCAGGAGACCAUGGAAGCAAUGAGGAUCAUGGGCAUCCCAGAUGAAGAGCAGAUAGGUCUGCUGAAGGUUAUCUCAGGUGUUCUUCAACUUGGCAACAUCGUCUUCAAGAAGGAGCGCAACACAGACCAAGCCUCUAUGCCAGACAAUACAGCUGCUCAGAAAGUGUCUCAUCUUUUGGGUAUCAAUGUGACGGAUUUCACCAGAGGUAUCCUGACUCCUCGUAUCAAAGUGGGACGAGAUUAUGUCCAGAAAGCUCAGACCAAAGAACAGGCUGACUUUGCCAUUGAGGCUCUGGCUAAAGCCACUUAUGAACGUAUGUUCCGGUGGCUGGUUAUGCGUAUCAACAAGGCAUUGGAUAAGACCAAGCGACAGGGUGCAUCCUUCAUUGGGAUUCUGGACAUUGCUGGCUUUGAGAUUUUUGAGCUGAACUCCUUUGAGCAGUUGUGUAUCAACUACACAAAUGAAAAGUUGCAGCAGCUCUUUAACCACACCAUGUUCAUUCUGGAGCAAGAGGAGUACCAGAGGGAGGGCAUAGAGUGGAAUUUCAUUGACUUUGGCCUGGAUCUGCAGCCCUGCAUUGACCUCAUAGAGAAGCCGGCUGGCCCACCUGGUAUACUGGCCCUGCUGGAUGAAGAGUGCUGGUUCCCAAAAGCAACAGACAAAAGCUUUGUGGAAAAAGUUGUACAAGAACAAGGCACCCACCCCAAAUUUCAGAAGCCAAAACAGCUGAAAGACAAAGCUGACUUCUGUAUCAUACAUUAUGCUGGCAAGGUGGAUUAUAAAGCAGAUGAGUGGCUGAUGAAGAACAUGGAUCCACUGAAUGAUAACAUAGCUACUCUUCUCCACCAGUCGUCGGAUAAGUUUGUGUCUGAGUUGUGGAAAGAUGUUGACCGUAUUGUUGGGCUGGAUCAGGUAGCUGGUAUGUCAGAAACAGCGUUGCCAGGAGCCUUUAAGACCAGGAAGGGUAUGUUCCGAACUGUGGGACAGCUUUACAAAGAACAGCUGGCUAAACUGAUGGCUACCCUGAGGAACACCAACCCCAACUUCGUCCGUUGCAUUAUUCCCAAUCACGAGAAAAAGGCUGGAAAACUAGACUCCCACUUGGUACUCGAUCAACUUCGCUGCAAUGGAGUGCUGGAGGGAAUCCGUAUUUGUCGCCAGGGUUUCCCCAACAGAGUUGUAUUCCAGGAAUUCAGGCAAAGAUACGAAAUCUUAACUCCAAAUGCAAUUCCCAAAGGAUUUAUGGAUGGAAAGCAGGCUUGUGUUCUGAUGAUCAAAGCAUUAGAGCUGGAUUCCAACCUUUACCGAAUUGGACAGAGCAAAGUGUUUUUCAGAGCUGGAGUCCUUGCUCAUCUUGAGGAAGAGAGAGACCUGAAGAUCACAGAUGUUAUUAUUGGUUUCCAAGCAUGUUGCAGAGGCUAUCUGGCUAGGAAAGCCUUUGCCAAGCGCCAGCAGCAAUUGACAGCCAUGAAAGUGCUUCAGAGGAACUGUGCUGCCUACUUGAAACUGCGGAACUGGCAAUGGUGGAGGUUGUUCACCAAGGUGAAGCCCCUUUUGCAAGUAAGCAGGCAGGAAGAAGAGAUGAUGGCCAAGGAAGAAGAACUAAUAAAGGUUAAGGAGAAGCAGCUAGCUGCAGAAAAUAGACUGAGUGAGAUGGAGACCUUCCAGGCCCAGCUAAUGGCAGAGAAGAUGCAACUGCAAGAACAGUUGCAAGCAGAAACUGAACUCUGUGCUGAAGCUGAGGAGAUAAGAGCCCGCCUGACAGCCAAGAAACAAGAACUAGAAGAGAUAUGUCAUGACCUGGAAGCAAGGGUAGAGGAAGAGGAAGAACGGUGUCAACAUCUGCAGGCUGAAAAGAAGAAAAUGCAGCAGAACAUUCAGGAACUAGAGGAGCAGCUUGAAGAAGAGGAAAGCACAAGGCAGAAGUUGCAGCUAGAAAAAGUGACCACAGAGGCCAAAUUGAAGAAACUAGAAGAACAUAUGAUAGUUCUGGAAGAUCAGAAUCUCAAAUUGGCCAAGGAAAAGAAACUGUUGGAAGACAGAAUGUCUGAAUUUACAACAAACCUAACAGAGGAAGAGGAGAAAUCCAAGAGCUUAGCCAAACUCAAGAACAAACAUGAGGCCAUGAUCACAGACCUGGAAGAACGCCUGCGACGUGAAGAAAAGCAGAGGCAAGAAUUGGAAAAGACUCGUCGAAAGCUUGAAGGAGACUCCACUGAUCUGCAUGACCAGAUUGCUGAGCUGCAGGCUCAGAUUGCAGAACUCAAAAUGCAGCUGGCCAAGAAGGAAGAGGAGCUACAGGCAGCCUUAGCUAGGGUGGAAGAAGAGGCAGCUCAGAAGAACAUGGCCCUGAAAAAGAUCAGGGAACUCGAAUCCCAGAUCACUGAGCUACAGGAAGACCUGGAGUCAGAGAGAGCAUUCAGGAAUAAAGCUGAAAAACAGAAGCGGGAUCUGGGAGAGGAGCUGGAGGCAUUGAAAACAGAGCUAGAAGACACCUUGGAUUCUACAGCUGCUCAGCAGGAGCUCAGGUCAAAGAGAGAACAAGAAGUAACGGUUUUGAAGAAGACCCUUGAGGAUGAGGCAAAGACUCAUGAGGCUCAAAUCCAAGAGAUGAGACAGAAACAUUCACAAGCCAUUGAAGAGCUGGCAGAACAGUUAGAACAAACCAAACGGGUGAAAGCAAAUCUUGAAAAAGCAAAACAAGCUCUGGAAAGUGAAAGGGCUGAACUGUCCAAUGAGGUGAAAGUGCUUCUGCAGGGCAAAGGGGAUGCUGAGCACAAGCGGAAAAAAGUAGAUGCUCAGCUCCAAGAACUGCAGGUGAAAUUUACAGAAGGUGAAAGAGUGAAGACAGAACUGGCCGAGAAGGUUAACAAGUUGCAGGUGGAACUGGACAAUGUCACAGGCCUUUUGAACCAGUCUGACAGCAAGUCAAUCAAAUUAGCAAAGGACUUCUCUGCCCUGGAAUCACAGCUUCAGGAUACACAGGAGCUGCUGCAGGAGGAGACUCGCCUAAAACUGAGCUUCAGCACCAGACUGAAGCAAACAGAGGAUGAGAAGAACGCUUUGAGAGAGCAACUGGAAGAAGAGGAGGAGGCAAAGAAAAACCUGGAGAAACAAAUCUCUAUUCUUCAGCAACAGGCAAUAGAUGCAAGGAAGAAGAUGGAUGAUGGUCUGGGCUGCCUUGAGUCAGCAGAAGAAGCCAAGAAGAAGCUGCAAAAGGACUUGGAGAGCUUAAACCAGCGUUAUGAGGAGAAGAUAGCUGCAUAUGACAAGCUGGAAAAAACAAAGACUCGCCUGCAGCAAGAGCUGGAUGACAUCACUGUGGAUCUGGAUCAUCAGCGACAGACAGUUUCCAACCUAGAGAAGAAGCAGAAGAAGUUUGAUCAGCUACUGGCAGAGGAGAAGAACAUCUCUGCCAAAUAUGCAGAAGAAAGGGACCGUGCUGAGGCUGAAGCCCGUGAGAAGGAGACUAAGGCCCUCUCCCUGGCGAGGGCCCUUGAAGAAGCCAUAGAGCAGAAAGCUGAGCUGGAACGAGUCAAUAAGCAGUUCCGCGCAGAGAUGGAAGACCUGAUGAGUUCCAAGGAUGAUGUUGGGAAAAGCGUCCAUGAGCUGGAGAAGGCUAAGCGAGCCCUGGAGCAGCAAGUGGAGGAGAUGAAGACACAGCUGGAGGAGCUGGAGGAUGAGCUUCAGGCCACAGAGGAUGCCAAACUGCGGCUAGAAGUGAACCAACAGGCCAUGAAGGCUCAGUUUGAUCGGGACCUCCAGGGCCGUGAUGAACAGAACGAAGAGAAGAGGAAACAGCUGAUUAGACAAGUGCGGGAGAUGGAGGUGGAAUUAGAAGACGAGCGAAAACAGCGUUCCAUUGCUAUGGCUGCCAGGAAGAAACUAGAGCUGGACCUGAAGGAUUUGGAAAGCCAUAUAGACACCGCUAACAAGAACCGUGAGGAAGCCAUCAAGCAGCUCCGCAAACUGCAGGCGCAAAUGAAGGAUUACAUGCGGGAGCUGGAGGACACGCGCACCUCCAGAGAAGAGAUCUUGGCACAGGCCAAAGAAAACGAGAAGAAGUUGAAGAGCAUGGAGGCAGAGAUGAUCCAAUUGCAGGAGGAACUUGCAGCUGCCGAGCGUGCCAAGCGCCAGGCCCAGCAAGAAAGGGAUGAGCUGGCUGAUGAGAUUGCCAACAACAGUGGUAAAGGAGCACUGGCCAUGGAGGAAAAGAGACGCCUGGAGGCCCGGAUAGCACAGCUGGAGGAGGAGCUGGAAGAGGAACAGGGCAACACUGAGAUAAUCAAUGACCGGCUCAAGAAGGCAAAUCUUCAGAUUGACCAGAUGAAUGCCGACCUGAAUGCUGAGCGUAGCAAUGCACAGAAGAAUGAGAACGCUCGCCAGCAGAUGGAGCGCCAGAACAAGGAGCUUAAGCUUAAACUGCAGGAGAUGGAGAGCGCAGUGAAGUCCAAGUACAAGGCUACCAUCACAGCCUUGGAAGCCAAGAUAGUGCAGCUGGAAGAGCAGUUGGACAUGGAGACAAAGGAGCGCCAGGCUGCCAGCAAGCAGGUGCGCCGUGCCGAGAAGAAGCUGAAAGAUAUAUUGCUGCAGGUGGAUGAUGAGAGGCGUAAUGCUGAGCAAUUCAAAGAUCAGGCGGACAAGGCAAACAUGCGCUUGAAACAGCUGAAACGCCAGCUUGAGGAAGCAGAGGAGGAGGCCCAGCGAGCCAACGCAUCCCGCAGAAAGCUGCAGCGUGAACUGGAGGAUGCCACUGAAACAGCUGAUGCGAUGAAUAGAGAGGUCAGCUCCCUCAAGAGCAAACUCAGGCGUGGGGACCUGCCGUUUGUUGUGACACGUCGAAUUGUCAGGAAGGGUACAGCAGGGGAGUGCUCCGAUGAGGAAGUGGAUGGCAAGGCAGAUGCUGGUGAUGCCAAAGCUACUGAAUAAGUCCUCUCAUUUUACCCAAGUUACGCAUGAUGGAGUGACCCAUCCACCCUCCCCUCUUUCAUUGGACUUUCUGCAAACCCUCUUUAAUUGGCCAGGGAUCAGCAGAGUAAGCCCAGCUCUUUGUAUCUGGAGCCAUUGGGCAUCUGUGUUCCUAGUUUCCUCCUCUUUCCAGUUUCCUAAUCCUCUUUGUAUUUAAUGCCAAAGAGUCAGUGCUCUGAAAUCUGACCAGCAGUUUGGCAACUGCAAAGUCCCCUAGAACUGUCUGUGCCAUGUCUGCUGGUGAAUCCUUACACGAUUUGGAGGGAGCGGGGUGAGGGAAAGAUUUUUGCUGUAAAUCUCCUUUUUGUUUUCAGAUCUUAGCUGCAGGGAAGCUCCUUCCUGUAUUCUUUCCCCUCCCUCUUUGCUUUCGGCAAUCAUGUUCAGUGACCUCAGACUUUUAAUCUGCCCACCCACAUGGUUUGGGAGCAGUUUCAGGAAAAACGGUGUGCUUUGGCCAUGGCAAUUCACCCUUCUUUCACAUGAUUCCAGGGAGAGGUGAAGAGGGAAGCUCCUCUUGGGACAAGUCUCCCUGGCAGACUUGCCAAAGUUGUCUUUUUUUUUUUUUUUUUUUUUUUUUUUAAACUCCUCCCUUCCUUUCUCCUCAUUUUACUGUCUGGACAGAUCUCUGAAGUGCAAUGAUGUCCUGUUAGUGUCUCUGCCUCUGAGCGGUUUCAUCUAAGGUAGUGUGGACCAGUAGUUAAUGACAGGCUGGGGAAGCAGAACAGUGUCCUUGUGCUUGUCUGAGAAUCUCUGGGGGACCAAAUAUAUUUAAUGGUAAUAGAAUCUAGGGGAAUUUAAUAGGGUAGUGGGCAGAGGGGUGGGGAUGAGGGGAGGGAAAUCCCUCUUUUAUUGACAUGUCCAAGCCUCUUGCACCUGCUCUAUAACCAGGGGUUGGGAUUAGUUAUUGUGCACCAUUGACUAAGAGUAUAUUAAAAAAAAACUUUAAUCUGCACAGAUAUAUGUAAGGCCUUUGUAUCUCUCGUAAUAAGUAAUUAAGAAAAAAAUAAAGGUCUUUAUCACUGCCUUUCUAUUGGGACCAUGGUUAUAUAUAGAUAGUCUUUACUUUUCUACACCGUACACUGGUUGCUGGAUUUUACGUGUAUUCCUAACCGUAUUGUAUAUGCUGCAUUUAGACCUACUUAUGAGCAAAGUAAAAAUAAUUAAAUAUGAAGCGCCAUACUGUAUGCCUGAAGCGCUCUAAAUGCAGGAGCCUCAUGUCCCAAUUGCUGUCACAAAAAAAAAUUAAAAAAUGUUUUUUUUUUUUUUAUAUAGUACAAGUGCCUUAGCAUGUGCCUCAGCUGUGUGUCACCACUACAGUCAGUAAUGGAUUACUGGUGCUCCACUGAUGUUACCAAUAAAGAUUAUCCAUGUGCUGCA